GUAGUUUAAUCGAUGAAGGAUGGACGUGAUGUAAAAAUAUUGGCCAAAGUCAAUAUGUGGUUGUUAAAUGUUGCUUUUUCGCAUUACUAUGACAUCAAAGAUACCAACCCAAUCCAAGCAUUUUGGCCAGUUUAAAGAUAAUGCGUCAAGGAAGGAUAGUAUCAUGGAUACGGCCAGUUUUUCAACUGGUUCAAGUGGAUCGCUUUGGGCGUCCACAUGUACCCCAGUGUCAGUUCCAAACGAAACACGCAUGCUCGCACUGACGAUCUUGGAUGAAUGCGGCAAGAUUUACCAUAGCCAAAGAGUACGGCAUUUGAUCCACUCUACCUUUCAGUUUAUGGAUACAAACGACAAGUGGUGGCCUCCUCUGUAUGGCGUUGAAAUGUACAAAGCACUUGUUCGAGCCAUUAAGCCAGAGCACAGAAAGGUUUUUAUCAGCGAAAUGCUAGCCUAUAUGGAAGCAACACAGCCCAACUGGAGUUCACCUGAAUCCGUGUUCAGUAGCAGUGCUACAUGCUCGUCUGUUUUGAGUAGCAUCCUGUUGGACGAAAACAUACUUAUCCCUGGACUCAACGUGGUUGACGUUAUGACCUUGAUUAUCCAUGUACUUGAAAUAUGGCUAUCAUUUCAGGCAACUGAAGACGUCAAUCAUCACAAAGCGGUGGCAAAGCAUAUGAUAAAACUACGCCUUACUGCUUGUAUUAGUUCAAUGGCUCUUGUCAUUUACUACGACCAGCAGAUACCCGAUGUGGUUUGUUUACUAUUUUCAAUGACAUCCAAUCGAGCUUCCCUGGAACUUCGACAAUGCCUAGUAGCUGCUCUCAAGCUGAUUAUGAAGAAGAACAAAGAUGCGUUGCUGAACAGUUGCGAUGGUAAGAAUACCCAGGUACGGGCCAUUCCUGUCGGCUACAUCCAACCCAGUCUAUCUCUGCUUCUGGACUCUGACCCUGUGAUCCGAGCUGAUUUUGCUUUGUUGUUGAUUAAUUAUAUGGAACAAAUUUCGGAUACCAACUUGAGUGACAAAAUGCAAUUUAUCCAUGCUCUGAUGAGGACGAUUGAGGAAUAUGGUCGACUUGAACAUACGUUGCCAACAGAUAUGAUCGCACUUCAUGGCUUACUGCUCACUUUACUCAAGCUACGCAAUGCAAUUAGCUUCACGGUCGGGCUUCUCUUACAGCUGCGGGACAGUUGCCCAGAAGGGGCUCGAGGCAUACUGCAACAAACGAUUCUCAUACAAAGCUUACAGCAAUUGGCUGUCGUUGCUGAAUGCGCUUCAUUUGGCGACUUGAUGAUCCAAGCGGAGACGAAGGCAAAGGAACAGCAUCAAUGGGUAGACAAGUUUGGAUAUGAUUCUGGAAUGUCGUUCAAAAGAAUACCUGCGAACCUGGAAGACUUAGUUUCCAAUCACAAUAAUCAAGCCACCUGUCUACCUUCUCGACAAGCGAUGCUCGACGUUUUGGCAGAACAUACAAAGUUUGGCAGUGACCCCGAGUGGAAGGACCUAUUGACAUCACCGAAAACAAUCACAUCAUCUGGAGCUGAACUAGAAAAAUUUAGGAUCAAGUCUUCGCGCGACCUCAAAUUGAACAUUGUGGUAUCUAAAGCCAUUUACUCUGAUAUCAUCAUGAGCAUUGACAAGCAUGUUACCAAUGUGCCACCCCGAGCAACAUCUCGUGGUACAUUUUUACGCCAAAUCCAAAGCGCCCUUGAUACUCGUGACAUUGAUGAAUUCAGCCUGCUUAGCCAUGCUCCUUAUGACGUUGAAUAAGCUAACAUCCUUCUGUGAAUCGAUCUAUGUUUAUCCCUUAGUUAACAGCCGCAAACCCCC